GCUGGGGCAGAGGAACCCGAGCAGGCGAGGAGGCGGCGGCGAUGGCAGGGAAGGAGUUGGAGCGGUGCCAGCAGCAGGCGAAUGAGGUGACGGAAAUCAUGCUCAACAAUUUUGACAAGGUCCUGGAGCGUGAUGGGAAGCUGGCGGAGCUGGAGCAGCGUUCAGACCAACUCCUGGAUAUGAGCUCAGCCUUCAGCAAGACAACCAAGACCCUGGCUCAGAAGAAGCGCUGGGAGAACACCCGUUGCCGGAUCUACUUGGGACUGGUGGUGGGUGGUGGCCUGCUCUUCAUCCUGAUUUUGUUGCUGGCCAUCUUUCUCCCACAGAGCAGUGAGAACAGUAGUGCCCCGCAAGCCCAGGAUGCAGGCACUGCCUCAGGGCAUGGGGACUGACACAGCUGGGCCUGGGGAGAGGCUGAAUGGCGGCACUGGCCCAUUCUGGUUUCCAGAGAACCCUGGUGUUUGCUCCUGUCUGAGCCACCCCAGUGAGCACUGAAAGGCAGCCCUGAUGUGUGCACCUCUGCAUCUCCCAUCAUGCCACAGACUGGCCCUUGAGGGCAGCCUGCUGUAUUGGCCAUGCCAGGCCAGCCCCACCUGGAGCUCAGUAAAAGCUGCUGUUUGAUUAAAAGCCGGUGUGUGUAUG